AUGAAAGUCCAGGCCAUGUCGGUGCACUUUGCACUCGACCUGAUGGCAAAAGACAGAGACCUCCAACUACUGUGGUCCCGAUUCGGGCUACAGCAGCUGCCGCCGCUGCCUCCACCACCACCACAGCCGCUGCCUCUACCACCACCACGGCCGGCGCUGCUGCUGCCACCACCGCAGCCAUGGCCACUUCCACCACAGCCGCCGCUGCCUCCACCACCACCACAGCCGCCGCUGCCUCCACCACCACCACAGCCGCCGCUGCCUCCACCACCACCACAGCCGCCGCUGCCUCCACCACCACCACAGCCGCCGCUGCCUCCACCACCACCACAGCCGCUGCCUCUACCACCACCACGGCCGGCGCUGCUGCUGCCACCACCGCAGCCAUGGCCACUUCCACCACAGCCGCCGCUGCCUCUACCACCACCACGGCCGGCGCUGCUGCUGCCACCACCGCAGCCAUGGCCACUUCCACCACAGCCGCCGCUGCCUCUACCACCACCACGGCCGGCGCUGCUGCUGCCACCACCGCAGCCAUGGCCACUUCCACCACAGCCGCCGCUGCCUCCACCACCACCACAGCCGCCGCUGCCUCCACCACCACCACGGCCGGCGCUGCUGCUGCCACCACCGCAGCCAUGGCCACUUCCACCACAGCCGCCGCUGCCUCCACCACCACCACAGCCGCCGCUGCCUCCACCACCACCACAGCCGCUGCCUCUACCACCACCACGGCCGGCGCUGCUGCUGCCACCACCGCAGCCAUGGCCACUUCCACCACAGCCGCCGCUGCCUCCACCACCACCACAGCCGCCGCUGCCUCCACCACCACCACAGCCGCCGCUGCCUCUACCACCACCACGGCCGGCGCUGCUGCUGCCACCACCGCAGCCAUGGCCACUUCCACCACAGCCGCCGCUGCCUCCACCACCACCACAGCCGCCGCUGCCUCCACCA